CCAUCAAUCCCGGGAAGACGGGAAUCCCGGUCAAUUUGUUUGAUUUACACGGGUACGUGUGUAACACCCACGGUACGGAUCACCCCAUAUGUGCAUCGCGAUUGCCUCGACGAUAAUUUCGUGAGACCGCCAUUUAAUGUUUCUUUCUCGCCGUCAUGUCGUUUCUGCGCAUCCGCCAUCGCCUGCAGUGGCAUAGCAAGGAUGCAGGCGAUAGGCACGAGCACGCAGAUGCACCCAAUGCGUCGUCUAGCACUCAUUGCCCCUCCCCCACACCGUCUUCUGUCGCCUCUCGAGGGCGACGAGUCUCAGCCUUAUCGUUCAUCACCUCGAAGUUGACAGCGAAAUCAAAACAUGACCGCGGCGUGCUGGCAGAGCCAGUCGAACAUUCCAUCAACUUUGCGAGGUCGGCAUCAAGGGUCAGUUCGCAUUCUGAUAGUGCAUCACUAGACGAUAUCAGGAUGCCAGUCGGGCUCGGUCGUAUAGCCAGUCUCAGCGAAUCGAAGCCAGCAGAUGAUAUUUUCCUUGGAGUCGCGAUGAAUGGAGGUCGACAGCGUACCAUCAGUUCUCCCAAUCUCCUCAAUAGGCAUGCUUUCCUAUGUCAAUCUGAUCUGGAUGCCUCCAACGACAGUGCUCGACAGAAGGAGGGACCACCUGUCACAUGGCUGUCGACCAAGCUCCUCACGAUGGUGUUCUCAUAUGUCCCGCGUUCUGACCAGAUUUCGCUGUCGUUCGUCUGCAGAAUCUUCCUUCUUCCUGCCCAACAUGCUCUGUACGCGACAGUUGACUUGCAAGACCUAGACUGCGGGUGUGUCGAGAGGUGCAUCGAUUUGGUAGCAUCGAAAAGGUCUCUGGCGAGCAGCAUUCGCAGUUUCGCUUGUAGCAUCUUACCUUGUUCACAAGAUGGCUCGCUACCAUUCGGCGUGGUGACCUUCGCGAUCGCAUUCAACAAUAUGGACCACCUAAGCUCGCUCACCCUCCCCCAUUUCGAUGCUCAUCUGCUCCACCAUGCCACGUUCCGCUUGAAGGAGCUCUGCAUUUUGUCAGAGACAAUGCCUGCAAAGGAAUUGAAUGCUUUGUUGUCCUGGUGUGCGAAACAACCAGAUAUCACUCACCUGUCCUUUCCCGGUCUCUUACUCAGUGAUCCCGCUCACAACAGCGAUGAAGCUAUUCCUUCGACCGCUCCUUCAAAUCUACCUCGCGAUCCGCACGUUCUCCGUCAUCUCACGCACUUCAACGGCCCUGCACAACUUGUUCCCAUGAUCGUUCCCGGACGUCCAGUUGUAUCCGCUGUCCUCCAUGUGCAAACUACUUUAUAUGAUGGGCUGAAGCCGUCUGCGGUUCUAUCCGCCUUGACGCGGUCUAGCGCGUCUCUUACCCAUCUCACGAUCAAGGCAACAUCAGUCCAUGUCGAUGCACGUACGUUGGAACGGGUCUUGAUGUCAGCAGGAACUGAGCUCGGUAGUCAGUUGAGAGUGCUCGAGAUCGAGUGGGUACUCGAAGACGAGGUCCUCUACAAACAACUUUUGUCAGCGCUACCUCGGUUCCGUGUCUUGCAUAGCUUGCGCUUGACACGACGCAUGCUGCCUGUAAAAUCCUGCCCUUUCCUCACUCCUCCCACCACGCCUCUCCACGGACCUCGAUCGAUCCUUCUGCCAUUGUUCGCAGGCCCAGUCCAAGAUGAAUGUCGUCCGAAAACCGCCGGCGUGCCUGACAUACCACCAGCCCGUGCUCAAGAGCGUGCUCACCUCAGCGCCUGGAGCAGACAUUGUCCGACGCUUUCGUCAGUCGUCUUCCUAUCUGGUGCUGAAUGGGAUUGCGGGCGCAUCAGUGCGUACCUGGGAGGCAGCGGUCUGCAUGCGCCCGCGUUCCGACUUGUCAGGCUCGCUCAGGACGAUGCUGGGCGCAUCAGCCCAGCCUGAACUGUCUGAUGGUUCCACUUUGAUAAGUCAUUCCUUUCCUUACCGUAAGACCUCUUGUAAUUUGAUUAGUGAUCAGUAUAUUGGGUGCAUGUGACGGAUGUUCUGUCAGUAAUUCGUCCACGUCGUUUGUUUGUUUUCCAGAUCCAAGCAAUUGUGCUGUGCUUGCAUCAUUGAAAAAAACAUACUCCAUUAUUCGACCCAAAAGAUGCAUUCGAAAACCUCCGAUGAAGUUCAAGGUAAAUUGGUUCAUGCUCGAGGCCCACCCAGGAGCUGCCAUAUUUGGCAAACUUCGCGUCAGCAAGUCACGACCCCGCGGUGUAAGCCAGCACGUGGCCGUAUCG